UAACUCAGCGUUUUCCUGAAAUUUGGACUUCUUUGUUGUUACAUCGACUCCUAGGCACGUUGAUUUAAAAAAGUAAAAAUGGACGCCAUAAGAAAUGGUUGGUUUUCUGAAUUGAGCAGUUUGUGGCCUGCUCAGUGUUUUUCCUUGGAAGUUACUGAACCUUUGUAUUCUGGAAAGUCUGAUUUUCAAGACGUUUUAGUGUUUAAAUCCAAAAAACAUGGCAAUGUUCUGGUCCUGGACGGGGCAAUCCAGUGCACAGAGUUCGAUGAAUUCUCUUACCAAGAAAUGAUCACUUUUCUGCCUCUAAACGCCCAUGGAAAUCCUCAAAAAGUAUUAAUAGUGGGCGGGGGAGACGGCGGUGUUGCCAGAGAGGUCUCCAAGCAUCCACUGGUAAAAGAAAUAGUACAAGUAGAAAUAGACCAGAAAGUCAUCGAUGUAAGCAAGAAGUACCUUCCUGGAAUGGCCGCAGGCUUCGACUCCCCCAAACUGACACUUUUGGUUUGCGAUGGUUUUGAGUACAUGAAAAAUCACCAAAACGAGUUCGACGUCAUCAUAACCGACUCGUCAGAUCCUGUUGGACCGGCCGAAAAUUUGUUCACCGAAUCCUAUUUUGCCCUUCUGAAGAAGGCGCUGAAACCCAAUGGAGUUAUCUGCUCACAAGGAGGUACUGUUUGGUGCUGUCUGGACUACAUCAAGAAGACUCUGGACGGGUGCAGAAAGCAUUUUAAAAACGUGGAAUACGCUAGGUGCUCUGUACCGACGUACCCCAAUGGUGAAAUAGGGUUCGUUAUUGCUACUGAUGAUCAGAGCUUGCAGCUGUCAAAAGCCAAGUACGUUUUUACCGAGAAGGAAUUGGACGAACUUCGUUUGAAAUAUUACACCCCUGAAGUGCACACUGCUGCGUUUGCUCUGCCGAAUUUUGUCAGGCAAGCUUUGAAAUCGUCCAGUUAAAAAAAAAUUGUGUUCGUUUUUUAUUUACUAUUACUGCCACCCAAAGUAAGAAAACCUUUUUUUAUUCUUUAUUCAGGAAUUAAUUUUAUGUGUUAACCUUAAAGUGAUAUUUUCAAUUGGGUAAAAAAUAUCACAAGAAUUUUUAUUCUGCGAAUAUAUUUUAAAAUUUGAUUUAAUUUGUAUGCCUUUUUAUUAAGUUAAUUUAAAAUAUUUGCUUCUUAUUUUUGUAUUUGUAUAUUUUUAAUUCGCUAAAAUAAAAAUAUCAAACGAGGAAUUUUUAAAUGUA